UUGAAGACUGGACCGGACCCUGAGAUUAAUGGACAACUUUUCCACUAAGAUGCUUCUGUGCUUGAACAUCCUGGUGCUGCUCCUCCUGCAGACGACUCUUUCAAGCCCAGUGACCACGCCACCGAGGGGAUGUCCCACCUGCAGAGGAAACCAGUCACAGAGCGCCCCGCCAGCAGACCAGAACACCACCACGCUGGCUCUGGGAGAGGCGUGUGGAGUCUACACUCUGAGCUGUGCCAACGGUCUGCGCUGCGCUCCCCCCGAGGAGGAGCAGAAGCCCCUCCGCGCCCUGCUCGAAGGCAGGGGAGUCUGCAGAAAUGCCAGCAGCACCACCACAACCACACAAGUCUACACUGUAGACACCCGUCCAACUGAUGACCCAAACGAGGCGCCAUGUCGUAAACUGCUGAGAGCACUGAUCACAGGUCUGGAUGCCCACGUGUUCGAGUCCCAUCCCGAAAUCUACAUGCCCAACUGUGACAAGCGUGGCUUCUUCAGAAAGAAGCAGUGUUUGUCAUCCCGAGGCAUGAAGCGAGGGAAGUGUUGGUGCGUGGAUGAGAACGGCAUGCUGGUCCCUUUAAAAGCCAAACAGAAGGCCAGUCGGGGUUGUUGAGAAGCUGGAAAAAGAACGAAGCUCUUCUACCGACAUGACUUUAAGAUGAAGGAACAUCAAACCACAGACUAAAGGAAAUGAACAAAGCGUCUCAUAUGUCAGCUUCCAUCAGCCGCAAGCUGAUCUUCUCUGAUGAAAAGUGGCUUACCAAUCAGGCGAAACUAUCUUUCUGAAAUGGAAUGAACAUGUGAAAACUCAUUUUUCACUAAAAUGUAUUCAGAAUGACACCAACUGGACUUUGUUAGAUAAUAUAACUCUUUUUUUUUAACUGCUCAGUUUGCAUUGAAAACAUUCACAUUGUACAUGAAUUUCUAUUGCUCUGAAUCGAACUGCAGGUAGACAGGGUCCUCCUUUAGUUUUUGCUUGUUCAAGUGUUUAUUUUUAUAUUUUAAUAUUUUAAUGUAUUUAUAUAUUUCAUAUGUGCCUUAAUCUAAGAAAGCAUUUUGACUAUUUGGAUAUUUUAAUAUCAUCCUGUAAUCCUAUUUAUGGUACUUAGGUCUUUUUUAAGAUAUAUUCAGACCUAUUUCACCGUCAUACUUUAAAACACUGGGGUCACUAUUAUUU